AUGAAGGCCAGUGGCAGGAUGGGAUGUGCUCUCCCCCGCCUGCCAUCAGGUGGCCUGCAGCGUCUCGACCGUUUCCGACACCCUGCUCACAGACUCUGGCCAGUGUCACGGCAUGGCACGCGGCCGCGGCAGCCGGUUGCGCAUCUCUUGCGGGCGUCGUCGUCGUCGUCGCCGUCGUCGACACGAAUGCUCUCGUCAACACCCGUGUCGUCGGGCCGAGUCACGCCUGAUGUCGAGAGGCUGCGACGUCAGCCCGCCAAGGUGACGCCCGACUAUCUGACGCCCAUGCCCUCGCACCUCCUGACGACCAUGCUGGCCGACCUGGAGGACCCUCGUGACAGGAACACGUCACCGGCGACCCUGGCUCGGGGACCUGGCGGCCCUGGGGCGCCGUCCUCGUCGCCGACGGUCCAAUCGCCGCCGCGCCCGCUGCCCCAGGGCCACCACCUGGUCUACUUUCCCCUCCAGGCGGCCCCGUCCCGGCUGGCACCCGACGGCGCGGACCUGGACCACUCCCCCGGCGCCCAUUACUCGCGCCGCCUCUGGGCGGGCGGUGAGGUAACGUUCCGCCACAGCAGCCCCCAGCAGCACCGUGCUCGCCAAGACGACCCCAAUGGUGAUCUCCUCCUCGACGGCAGCCCGUGGACCUGCACGGAAACUAUUGGCGACGUGCGGGUGAAGGAGGCGAGCCAGCCGCUGGCCGACACGCACGGCGACGAAAAGGUCUUUGUCGACGUGUGGCGCAGAUAUGCCCUGGGCCAUCCUCGGGGCCACGAGAGUCUCCCGUGGUCCAUUGAGGAGCGCCGGACACUUGUCUUUAUGAAUCCAGGCGAGAACGCGGAAGCCCAGACGAAUCCUACUCCCAAAAUCGUCAAAUGUGAGUUUUUCCUCCCAGUUGUCAUGACAAAGACGUGCCCAUCUACUUGGCGGAGAAAUCAGCGUCAAACUAACCAACAUGCAACAACUCCAGACCCUCAUGAAGCAGCCCACAGCGUUCAGGUUCUGCCGUCUCCGCGGCAUCUCUUUUAUUUCUCUGCCCUGACAUUUAAUGCUCAUGCUAUCCAUUUGGAUCCACAGUAUGCACGUUCCGUCGACGGUCACCGGGCACCUCUGGUCCAUGGACCGCUCACGCUGGCCCUCAUGCUGCGGGUGCUGACGGGCUACUCGGGGCAGCUUGUAUCGCGUUUCGUGUAUCGUAACCACGCACCGCUCUACGUGGAUGAGCCUCUGACAGUCAAGGUACGGCCUGUCGCGUCGCGAACUGGCGGCAAUGCUCAGCAAGGAGACACGUGGGAUGCGUGGGUGGAAGGCCCCGAUGGUGGGCUUGCGGCUAAGGGAACAGCUACCAUGGCUGGUCGAGCUAUACUGUGA